AUGGUGAAGGAUCUGGAUUCGAAAUGGGUAAGGGUUGCGGAGAAAGAGCAUAAAAAAUACCACAAUACUCGUAGGGGUUACCAUGGAGAGGAAGAGGGUUCUCGUCACAGGAGUGUUAGAAGGGAGCAGACACGGUCCCAUUGUCAAGGGGACCAAGUCAGGCCAUCUGGAGAUUUGAGAAGAGAUAGAGGUGCACACAAUAAGGCUCGGGUGGAGGUGAGAGAGGAAGGCGAGAUCAAAGAAUUGAAGAAGCCAUAUGAUAAGAACGAGAAGGUACAAGGUCAGGAACCACCUUCCCAGGCUUUUUUUGAUGAGCUAAUGGAGACGCAAGCGAAAUCACCAAAGGUAACAUCGGAUCUCUUGGGUGAAGAACAAGGGCUAAAUUCAGCACAAAGGGUGUUAGAGGAAGGAAACAAUGUACUAGCUGAGGAAGAUGUGGUUGUAGAAAUAAAUGGACAGAAGCAUUUGGAAGACGUGGAAGGGAAGGAGAAGGAUACUGGAGAGAUGGCCAAACAACAGGGUACUCGUCGAAGGCCUCUUAAACCGUCACUGAUUUCAAAAUCUUCUAACAAGCUGAAGAUGGCUCAAAUGGUGGCAUCAAAACGUGCAGUCGCUAAACCAGCAAUUCGUUAUGGAGAUCACGCGAAGCAGACGGAGGAAAAGGGUACAUCAAACCCAAAACAUGAUCCUGCGAAACACUGA